AUGAGGGAGCUUCCUGUAUUUUUUCCAGGAGUACCUAGAUUAGGGUUAAGUGCAACCAUCACUACCAAGGACGAGACAGAUGUCAUUCCAUCACUUGGGAUGACUAAUCCAGCAGUAGUAAGAGCAAUUUGUCCAGACAGGAAGAACAUUUAUCUACAGAUUAAAGUUAAAGAGCCAUCACUUGACAUUUAUGAUUGGUACCAGAAUUUAUACAAACCAAUUUGCAAUGAUUUGUUAAAAAACCCUGAUAUUUUCCCAGUAACCCUUUUUUUCAUGCCUCUACAGUAUAUUGGUAAUGCAGCUAGUUACUUUGUAGAGAUGGACUUUAAUUCACCUUCCAUUAAGAGAGUCAGACAUGAUUGUCCUCCAAGGUCACUAUCAGACUAUAUACAGGAGAUAGGUCGUGCUGGUAGAACUGGAAAAGAUUCAACACCACUUUUACAUUACUGUAAUAGGGAUGUUGCUGCUAAUGUAAAAGAUAUUAAAGAUGACAUAAUCAAGUUCACAUGUCACUGGAGCCAAAUUUAA